UUUUAAGUGGGCCGAAAUUUUUCUUGUCAAAUUCACCUAAGACAUUAUAAACAAAAUUCAUGUUCGCUUUCAAUGUAUUCCACCAGUUACCGAGUUCAGGUCAGGCAGACAGGGCUCUCUAGUCAGAAAAGCGAUUCCCAGUUUACCGAAGAGGUAAUCCGCAGUCACAAUGAGUGCAGAAAGAAACAUGGCGUACAGCCUCUGACGCAUGCGCCCGAUUUAUCUACACAAGCUCAAAGAUGGGCAGAGGUUCUGGCCCAAACAAACACCUUCAAACACAGCAACGCCUCAUUAAGAGGGGAGAGGCUGGGGGAAAACAUAGCCAUGAAGUGGUCCUCCAAUCCACAGGACUCAUACCCUGGUCAGGAGGUUACGGACCAAUGGUAUAGUGAAAUAAAGUUCUUCACCUUCGGCGCUGAGCCCAGGAACCUUUCAGCAGGACAUUUUACACAAGUUAUCUGGAGAGGAAGCAGGGAAAUUGGAGUCGGAAGAGCGCGUUCGAAGGAUGGGAAAAUUAUUGUCGUGGCGAACUACAGACCUGCUGGUAACGUUGUUGGGAGGUUUACAGACAACAUCCCAGCCCCAACAACAGGUGUUCUGAGAAGACCACAAGGACUGACAGAACCAACCCUCAAAAGGGAAACGAAUCCUUUGGCUUGCAAUUCCAAAUCAACAACUUUCGACAAAUAUAGAAGUGGAAGAAUGGAAGCAAAGUCUACAAGAACUUUUACUGAAACCACCGGAAGUGGUGCCAACAAAAUCACGAAAACUAUAGUGGAAGAAACCAUUAUCAAAGCAGAUGGUUCUAAGGUCACCAAUCGAAAAGAAACCAUUACACACGGAGAAAAAGGUGGAGCUAGUUCUUCUGGACCCCUAAUGUUAGACAGAGGAAGGGAAAAGGAAAAGGACAGUAAAAAGGAUAAAGGAAGUGGUAUGCUAGAGUUUUUCAAAGGCAAGGAUAAGAAGAGAGAUUCGUCCAGUUCCAGCUCAGGGUCAUCUCAGGAGAGGGCCAAGAAACCACAGUCUAUCAAAGAGUUCAUAGACGAAUGUGUUAAGGUUCAUAACAAGUACAGAAAAAAGCACGGAGUUCCAACUCUCAGCCAUGCAAAGGAUCUAAGUGCAUUUGCUCAGAAGUGGGCGGAACAUUUAGCUGCCACCAAUUCUUUUCAACACAGCGAUUGCAUGCACAAAGGAGAGCGUCUUGGGGAAAAUAUCGCUUGUAAAUGGUCCUCCUCAGGGGGAGAUUACUCAGGAAAGGAAGCUUGUGAUCAAUGGUACAGCGAGAUCAGUAAACAUGAUUUCAACAACGAACCAAGAUCCCUCGGGUCAGGUCAUUUUACACAAAUGAUUUGGAAAGGAAGUAAAGAAAUGGGGGUUGGAAAAGCCAAAACCUCGGGAGGAAAAGUCAUUGUUGUAGCAAGUUAUAGACCAGCUGGAAAUCUCGUGGGAUCAUUUAAAGAAAACGUCCCUCCACCAAAGUAGCUCAUGUAUAAAUACCUGAUGACAGCCAAUUGGUGGUACAGUGGAUUAAUUAAACGUGUGAUCGUUCAUUUUCCAAGCAUCCCAAGUUGUAAAAGAAGCUGGUGUUCGAACUCCUGAAAAAUUAAAUGAUUAAAAUAAUUUUGAAAAUG